AUGGUUUCCUUGAACGGCUAUGACUACUGGGAAAAUACUCUUAAAUCUGGCAGAGGGUUUUCAAAGCACGAGUGUAGCGAGGCCCAUAAAGAAGCAACCGAACGUUUGAUAACAACACCUAAAACAUGUACGGAUAUUGGAGAAUUUGUUGAUACCAAUAUGACUUUUGGAACACGAGCAAACUUGGUUGAAAAAGAUGUAACUGUUGACAAAAAAAACUUUGCAGCAGAUCGAGGCAGAAAGAGCAAGAACUGGGAAGAUUUAGGUGAUAGAAGCAGAAGAUCUAAGGUUGCCAAAUUGGCUGAACAUCCUGCUGAAGCAUUGGCAUUAGCUUCAAUUAAAAAAGCCACUAGAGAUCCUACCGAAAAAGAUUUCGUUGUUCUCAUGAAAAGUGCAACAAACUCUGAAAAAAAUAAUAUCACGGAGAUAAAUUUUUCGAUAAAAAUUAAAACCGAAGAUGCCUUGAGCUUAAAAGUUCAGUGUGACCUUUCUGAUGAGCAGUAUCAAAUUAUUAGAAAUCCAUCAAUAAUACAUAAUGCAGAUAUUUAUCCUUCACUUCACGAAAUUAAGAGUGAGAGACACAAGUGUUAUCCUGAGGGUUUAAUUGUGACAGAAACAUCUGCUUCAACUCCUCUUCAGGGUAUGUUUAAUCAUACUCUGACAAGAAUAUUAACUUUUACAGAAUGCCAAGACUCUAUGAGAAUGUUUGCAGAAGUUGGGGGGAAGUUUAAAGGUGUACUUCACUUUCAAGGUGGCUUUGAUGUAGCCUCUAGUCAAAGUGUCUAUAAACAAAAAUAUACUGAUACAAAUAUUGGUGAGGCCCAAGUUAACAAGCAAAGUCUUUUCCAGACAGCUAUUGUUCCACUUAAGUUUUAA